GAGGGCACAUUCGGUUGUUCCGAUUCUUGGGAUACAGUUCGUCAUUGUAUUGAUCGAGUUUCAUCAUGACUGGUCGUGGAAAGGGAGGAAAAGGAUUGGGAAAAGGAGGUGCGAAGCGUCAUAGGAAAGUCCUUCGUGAUAACAUCCAGGGAAUAACUAAACCAGCUAUCCGUCGUCUUGCUCGUCGCGGUGGUGUCAAGCGUAUAUCUGGAUUGAUUUACGAAGAAACGAGAGGUGUGUUAAAAGUGUUCCUUGAGAACGUCAUUCGUGACGCCGUCACGUACACCGAACACGCUAAGAGAAAGACCGUAACAGCAAUGGACGUCGUCUACGCUCUGAAACGCCAGGGCAGAACUCUCUACGGUUUUGGUGGUUAAACGCUGUGUAUCACAUUUCAUCGUACAUUUUUAUACAAACGGCCCUUUUCAGGGCCAUCAAAUUUUCAUGUCGUUGGUGUAACUCUCAAAUUGAUUUUAGAUCGUUAAUACUAAUAUGUUUAAAUUUGCGAAAUAAGAUACUUUAUCCUUUCCUUUAUAAAAAUAAUAUAAAAUGAAUAAACCACUGGA